AUGAAUACAGAAGGGGAAGAAGAGGAAGACGACCCAACUUACAAGGCGGAAUCCACAGUGUUCAGCAGACUUCCUCCAGAACACGAGGCAUACAAACCUACCAAGCGCGCAGGGUACAACCCCAAAGCAGAACAUGAUUACACCUUGAGCUAUCGUCCUGAGGACAUGGCUGAAAAUUCAAAAUUCAUUCCAGAAAUCGCGUGCGCGGCCAUCGACAAAACGAAGUUACCACACAACGUGGGUAAAUACAAUGGGUUGACGGACCCAGACGAUCACCUCCAGGUGUUUAAAGGUGCAGGAGCAACAGGCGGAUGGAACUUACCAACAUGGUGCCACCUGUUUGCUCAGACAUUCGUUGGCGCGGCGCGCAUUUGGUUCGACAACUUACCAGCUGGCAAAAUCAAAUCAUGGGUCGAUUUCCGAGAGAAGUUCCUGGCACACUUCUCUCAGCAGCGAAGACAAGCCAGAGAUCCAGGUGAUUGUCUGAACAUAUGGAGGAAAGACUAUGAAAGCGUAGAAGAUUUCAUUACAAGGUAUAACAAAGAAUGUCUAGAGAUCGGAGACAUACCAGAGAAAAUGAUGCGCGCACACUUCAUGCGAGCGGUCAAGUGCGACGAUCUGGUUAAAAGAAUCAAAGGGCGAGAUGGAGGACCCAAAGACUGGGAAACCUUCAUUGAAGCGGCCAAAACCAUUGCGCAGACAGAUAGGCAACUGACCGGUGACGAUCACCGUCAGCGCGCACAUAACCAUAACGAUCGAAACAACAGAAGGGGCAGAAAUCAACCCUGGAGGGCUUCUGGGAACAGAGAAAGAAGCCCCCCACGGGACGACGCACGCCAUACGAUCAAUCAGAUAGCCCACCGAAAAGAAGUAAAGCGCGAAAAUAGAGAAAAACAAUGGACUCCAUUAACCAAAACACCUUCUGAAGUUUUAGCCACAGAGAACCAUCACUUAAAGCAAGAAAUCGAAAGAGCUCUAAGAGACGGAAAGCUCGGUCACUUAGUCAAAGGGGGAAAGCGCGAGUAUCGCCAGAUACAACGAAGAGAUGAAGGUCCAGACAACAAGAAGCUCAGAAAGCUAGAAACUCAUAUGGUGCAAGGAGGUCCACGGCGACCAAGAAAAAACUACAACAAGCGCGCGCAGGAUGAUUUAUGGCGCGAGAAGCAAGUGGUGUUCCCAGUUGUCAGGGGAGGUCCAAGAGAAAAGCGGCCAAUAGUCAUUCCAGGGGUGAUCGGCCACUACCAAACAGAUUACAUCUUUAUUGAUCCCGGGAGCACCGCGGACAUCAUAUAUGAACAGUGCUUCAAUCAAUUCGACCAAGAGGAUAAGGCGCGCCUAGAACCAGUCGAUUACCCACUAACUGGAUUCUGCAACGAGGCCGUCUUUCCCCUAGGACAAAUAUCGUUCCCAGUGUUGCUUUCCGAUGGGAGAAAUUCAAGAACCGAAGAAGUCACAUUCAUGGUGCUACCGGCACAUUCAAGACAUGACAUCCUCUUAGGAAGAGAAUCCCAAGAAGAUUUCAGCAUGAUCUGUUCCGCACCACAUUCUGCCAUAGGCUUCCCAACCGAAACAGGCAUUGCGUUGAUAUACGCAAGCAAAGAAGUGCUAACAACAUACGAAAUCAGGCCGGCAAAAGCAAGCAAGCCCGCACCGCGCAUAGAGGCAGAAAAAUGGGUAUUGAAUAGCGCGUACCCAGAACAAACAGUCACUCUGGGCCCGCAAUGUCUGAUCUAA